GCAACCAACAACGCACCAUUCUUAAAACGGCAAAUAUCAAAUACCUAGUCGAAAAAUGUUCGAAGGGGCUACUUAUCAGGGAUCUUACAAAAGCCUCUGAAGGUGUCAGAUAAUAGAGGUUAUCUAUAACCUUUAUCCCAAUUUUCUCCAAAAUGUUGCUGUCCCGGGGCGCCCCCCUUCUCAAAGCCACCAAAUUGUUGCAGCAAAAUGCCCCCAAAGCCCUCCAAUCGGUGCGCAAUUCGUCUCAUGUGUGGAAUUACCGCUGCCGGGGGCCUGAGCCCCCCAAAACCAUGGUGUACUUAGCUGAAGCGGUACAAGGGGUUGCCUGGUGGUGGGUUUUGUGGCAUUUGUGGACGGAACCUGGCCAUGUUUUCGGCGAGUUUGAGUACCCUGACCCUAGGAAAUGGACGGAUGAGGAAUUGGGAAUUCCACCAGCGGAAUAAUGUGUGUAAAUAAAUAAAUGUCUUGUAGUUGCUUGUUUAUUAAUUAAUAAGAGAAAUAAAACAAAAUUUUAUUGAGA